AUGACCUUGUUGAACUCCUGCCAGCUGGUGGCAGUGAGAGGAUUGGAGUGUUUCUGGACGGAGACGAUCAGCCGCCUACAGCGGAUCAAUACAGAAAUCAAUACUGAGAAUGGAGGGAGAGAUAUAACAGGUCAGACGGUGUGUUUGGGGGGUCCGGAGCGACCGUGCUAUAAGAUCGCAUAUUUCCACGAUGUGUCGAGCCGCGUGGCGUUCAGCGAGGCGCUGCAGGCCUGCAAGAUGGACGGAGGCUCACUGCUGAGCAUCGAGAGCAGCGACGAGCAGACAGACAUAGAACACCUGCUGAAGGUUAGAGCUGCGUGGGGAGCAGUGGGCAGGGCCAGUGGGGGUGGGGGGAUAACUGACGGAGAUUUCUGGAUCGGUCUGACCCGGCAGGGCGGAGCCGAUCAGGCGGAGACCAGCAGCUUCAUGUUCUUCGAUCGGUACCGCUGGACGGACGGCAGCCUGGCUUCCUUCAGGAACUGGUAUUUUGACGAGCCGUCCUGCGGGGGGGAGGCCUGCGUGGUGAUGUACCACCAGCCGACUGCCCCUCCCGGUCUGGGCGGGGCUUAUCUCCACCAAUGGAACGAUGACCGCUGCAACAUGAAACACAACUUCAUCUGCAAAUACCAGCCCGGUACCGACAGCCAAUCAGCUUCACCGUCUCUGGACGGAGGGCGGGGCACAGAGGUGACUGCAGGUGGAGGUGUGGUCAGGGCUUCGGGCAGUGCGGAGGUUCCCCCUCAGGUGGUCAUGGCUGGAGCUUCAGGAAUGUUGCUGGUGUACGUGAUAAUACCCACAAUCCCCCUGCUGCUGCUCAUACUGGUGGCUUCUGGGACUUGUUGUUUUCAGAUGCUCAGCAGGAGUUCUCCCCGCACAAAGACAACCGUUGCCGCGGGCAACCGCUCCACCCUGUGGAUCUCCAGGAACCCCAAACCGGACAGCAUGGACGUCUGACCCCCCCACAGCAGCAUCAUCUGGCAGAGGGAUGACCUCACCUCACGGCUCGGC